GCUGUGAUUUCUUAAGUAGACAACUGGUGAAAGUUUUUAACAUAAAAUUACGUAUGUUUGCUUGGCAUCUUCAUUUCAUUGCAAAAGCUGUGUACAGCAGUAUGGCGGAUUUUGCAUCUUGGGUACAGCGCCACCUGUCGAGGAUACAGGAAGACUUCGAUGAGGUUGACAAGGACAAGAAUGGGUCGCUGGACUUCCCGGAGGUCUGUAAUGUGUUACAAAGGUCAGGGUUCAAAGGAACACAGGAGGAGGCAAAGAGGAUAUUCCAGUCUUUGGAUGUGGACAAGAAUAAUAAAAUAUCAAAAGAUGAAUUUGUGAAAUCUAUGGCCAAUGUUCCCAAAAUAGACUUCAAACAAAUCGUACUUCGGCGGGCUUUCCGGAAGUUGGAUAAAGACGGAAGUGGAUUUCUGACACGGGAUGAAAUUCUGGACGCGGCUAGCAAUGAGGCGGAAAUUAACGUGUCCGCGGAAAAAAUCUCCGAGAUGCUCAUCUAUCUCGUCAAAGACGAAGACAAGAAGAUAGACUAUGAAGAGUUUUUGAAAAUAUGGAACGUGAAGUCGACAACACCCGUCAUGCGAUCAUUGUUCCAGAAGUUGGACACAGACGGAAGCGGAAAAGUGGACCGGAAGGAGUUGUUAGACGGCCUUCACAGAGAUAGUGAGCUGCAUUUACAGGCGCCAAAAAUCUCGGACAUUCUGAUCAAAUGGAGCAAAAAUCACACGGGGCCGUUAUCUUACGAAGAAUUUCUUAAGGCUUACGAAAGCGUGUGAUAUAUACAGUGUAAAGACCUCACGUCUUUGAGAAAUGUAUGGACACUUAUAAACAUCAGUGUUGUGUUUAAUUAUGAAUUUAUAUCAUUGAUAUCUAAUUUGCUUUAUAGUUUAUAUUACAAUCAAUUGAAAUCCAAAUGAAAUGAGAGCUAUUUGCAGUGUGUCUAGAGCAUGCCUUGGACCAAGAUGAAACACUUCAUAUUACUCAAAUUUGUUUUCUUUUGCAUCAAUUUCCAAAUUAUUUUGUAUUUAUAUAAAUAUACAUGUAUGGUUUAUUUUGUCAACGUUGUGAAAAGCUGAUUAAAAUUUUUUACAAUCUCAGAGAAA